GGUGAAAAAUAAAACAAUAAUAUAUUGGUGAUGAAAAACAAACAAAUAAAUAAAAGAGUAAGUCCAGAUCACAUUGCAUUUUAUAUUAGUAACAAAUACUAUUUAGAAUUGGGAUUUCCUGGGCAGUAUUUGAGAUAUGUUUUAAAAAGUGUGUUCUUAUAUAUCUCAACUUCCUGUAUUUCAUCUUCUAAAUCUUAGCCUCCUGUAUUUCAUCUGCUAAAUGUGGCAGCCAGGUCUGUUAUUCUAGUGUUCAGUGACACCAUGUACACAGGCCAGCCACUGCCCAGUGACUACAAGAGCUCUUUGUGAAACAGAGUGUCCACUCUUUGUGUGCAGCCUGAUCUGAUGUCCUGUGAGAACAGAAUAAAGAUUGACCCUGGUUGAAGUUUGGCAAGCUUUCUUGCCCAGACUAUGCCAUCAUCACAUUGAGAGUGAUUUGCUGGGUUUAAGAUGGGGCCAAAGCCAGCACAGACAGCAUGGUCUCCCACACCCCUCUCCUUGCAAACCCCUCUGGAGCACUGUGAGAUGGAGAAACGGGGGUGAUGCUUAGUGGUGGGGAAUGCCAGUAAAUGAACGUCCAGGACUGUUUUGUUUUAGAGCAACUCAACUCUGGAAACAUGUGAAAUACUCUGCUGUGAAACUUGACUUGUGUUUUCACACUAGAUGUGAUUGUUGGACGAGAGCAGCCUGCCACACUGUGUGCAUUCUAUGUAGCAGACCACAGGGGAAUGUCCUGUCCCUGUCACUGUCCGUCUGACCUUAGCUUCUGAUUCAUAACUCACACUCAGGGAUGUUCCUUUCACUAUGCCCAAAUUGGCAGAGUCUGGUAGUAGGAAGUGUCAAGUGACCAGGACACACAUAGUCCAGCAGGACCCAGUCUGGGUUGCCACAACUCGUGUCUUCUCAACAGAGACCUGUGUUCUCAUCAUCCAGGGUCUGUGUGUUCUGGACAGUGACUGGCAAUAUGAAGUCCUACAGGGAUGGUUUGGUUCCUUCAGAUGGCUCUCUGAGCUGCCUUGCAAGAACUGCGUCUGGGACCAAUUGAGUUCCUAUGGCCUAAAGUUGAGAGACAUCCUAGAAUCCUUAGGAGACCCUAUUUUUUUUUUUUGCAUCAGCUUGAAUAUGAGUCUUGAAUGCUAUGCCCUAGAUUAGUGUUCUUUAGUGUUCUAGUGGAAUAGAGUUCCAAGAUAGGAAGUUCUGGGGUCAUUGUUGUCAGCUGCAUAAGUCCACAUUGUCACAAAGACCACAUUGGUUCUGUCUCCAGAGAAUCAGCCACUCAGUGAAUCUUCUGUAUGUUAUUACCCACAAUCUCAGGCAAGCAGCCAGCACCAGAGGAAACUGUUCUCUCUGCCACUGCACCCUUUCACAGCCCCACUGAUGAUGAUAACUCAUGUCUUCCCAGAACCCACACCACAAUCACCAGUCACUGUGGGCUUAAUGAUUCAUGUGACCAUGGCCAUUUCUCCCUCCUUGUGGGAUGAGAUACAGCAUAUAUGGAACAAUUUGUUCAGGGACCUUGCAUUCAGGGUCCACCCAUAUUCAUAGCAGAGCCCAUGUGUGGUGUGUUCUUGACCUGCUCAUUACUUUAACGUGUGAUCCAUGAGAAUGAAAUUUAAAUAUUGCUUUCUUACCAGAAUAGGUUCCUUAUUACACAGAAUUGAUUGUUAACUGAGAUUUAAAUAUUUUUCAGUUAACUGGAAUAAAGCUCAUUCUUCUUUUGUCAGAGCCCCAAGCUACAACUCCCAUCCUGGGCAUACAGUGUUAUCCAUGGCUCCUAAGAACCAGUCAGUUGUGACUAUGUUCAUCCUACAAAGCUUCAUGGAUGACCCCUGGAUCCAGGAUGCUCUCUUCUGCUUCUUCUUUACCUUGUUCAUGGUGGCCAUAGUUGGCAAUGGCCUGAUUAUCACAGUCAUCCACAGAAGUCCCAGCCUCCACACACCCAUGUAUUUCUUCCUAGUUAACCUUGCCCUGAUGGAUGUGAUCUGCACUGUGACUGUCCUACCCAAGGUUCUGCAGAGCCUGGUGACCGAGAACACCAUAUCUUAUGGGGGAUGUCUCAUACAGAUGUUCAUCUUCACUUGGGUCCUGAGCUCUGAGCUUCUGCUCUUCUCUGCUAUGGCCUAUGACCGCUAUCUUGCAAUCUGCCAGCCAUUGCACUAUGGAACCCUCAUGAGUGGCAGGGUCUGUGUGGCCCUUGCAACCUUUGUGUGGUUUACAGGGGCUCUCAAUGCCUUGGUGCUCACUUGUCUAGUGUUGCCACUGUCCUUCUGUGGUCCCAAUCUCAUCAAACACUUCUUCUGUGAGAUCCCUUCUGUGCUCAUGCUGUCCUGCAGCCCCACCUUUAUCAACGACAUCAUGACUGUCAUUGCAGACAUGUUUUUGUCUGGCUUGAACUUCCUCUUGACCAUGACAUCCUAUGGCUUCAUCAUUGCCAGCAUCCUGCGCAUCCGCUCAGCUGAAGGCAAGAAGCAUGCCUUUUCCACCUGCUCUGCCCACCUGAUUGUGGUCACCCUUUAUUACUCCACUGUACUAUACACUUACGUCCGGCCAGCCCUAGGAACUGCUGGUGUGUUGGACAAGGCUAUUACUGCUCUGUACACCACUGUGACUCCAACUUUGAACCCCCUGAUUUAUACCCUGAGAAACAAGGAAUUCAAAACAUCCUUUAAAAAACUUCAGUUUCGACAUUGACUACUUUGAGCUUCAAAAGGAACUCUGGAAGAAGUGGUCAAGGAGUAUGAAAGCUCAUUUAAGCCUUUAUUUAGGCAUCUCCUGGUUCUGGGGGAUACAGGUCAAGUUAUGACCUGAGCUAAGAAAUACAAUACUUUCUACCAGAUAAUACUGAUUUCUAGUCUUUCAAAUGUUUUAGAUAACUUUAACCAUUUCUAGUUUGUUCAUAGAAAAAUAUGCUUAUAAGUUCAAUGUUAUUAAAUGUUAAAGUAUUUCUAUAAUUCAUUGAAUCAAAUCUAGGUAAAUCUUUAGUCUUUUCAUGAACCUCACUUGAUAAUUUUUGAUACUCUGUAGGGCCAAGAGUGAAUGGCUAAAGAGACAGAGAAUAAUGAACUCUGCCCACACUUGUUCUUGGCAUUUGCCUGUUUUAUUUUUAUAGUUUUCAUCUUUCUUACUCUUAUAUCACAGCUUUCCCUGGUGCUUGGUUCAUCCCCAGUUUGAGGGAAGAAAAUCCUCACAGAGCAUCUGAGUUAUGGGCUGACUCUGAGAGCCUUUGAAAAUGGAAGCUUCAGUCCCACCCGGUCUUUCAGUCCCAAAGAAACACACAGAGGUUUAUAUUAACUAUAAACUGUCCUCUUAGCUCAGGCUCAUUAUUAACUAGCUUUUGCCACAUAAAUUAUCUCAUAAUUGUUAUAAUUCUUAUCUAUGUUUAACCACGUAUCUUGGUUCCUUUCAUCAGUGAGGCAUUCUUAUCUUGCUUCCUCUGCAUCUAGGUAGUAACUGACUAUCUUUUCUCAGACAAAAAUAAACAUCUGAAUAAGUCACAGUGCAUUUAAAAAUAUACGUAGGCUUGGGAGAGAGAGAAAAAACAAAGAGUAUCAACAGUUACAAAAAGAAGUAAAUAGUUUUAAAAAAUAAAACAAAGUUUUUAAAGAGACAGUACAUAGAUUGACAGAGUAAAGACAAUAAAUAUUAAAAAUUUAUAGAGAAAAGCCACGUAAAGAUGAAAAUAUGCAGAGACUCUGGAUUAUGUAUACUAUUAGAUUUUCUUUAAAAUUUUCAACUGCACAGAGACAUUUGAUCCCAGGGGCUGCUAAGCUAA